AGCGCGGCUUUGUCAUCGCUAAUGCGCAGCUGACUUAGAGGCGCAAACAAGUGUUUUGUUUACAAAAAACUGUUUCAACAUGAUCUUAAAAUAGAAAAAUCAGUGCAGGCUAACUGUAGCAAUGGAUUACGACUACGCGCAGACUAUGGAGGGCAUGGAUUGCUCUGCAUUAUCUCAGCAAAUCACAAUAUUUAAUAUAGCAUUGACGCUAAUCGCGGCCUUGAUGCGCUUCAUCUCGAUUGUUAUGAACUGGUGCCUGGCCUAUGAGUAUUGGAGUACGUCCUCGUAUGCAUAUUGCAACUGGACAAUAGCAUCCAUAUUAGUGCCCAUGAUAUUAACAUCUCUUAUAUACUCAAAUGUUUUACUAGCCACCAAUUCAGGCAAAAAACCAGUCAAGUAUGCUGACCACAUUGGGAAAAUUGUGCUCUCCUAUCUAUUUCGAGAUAAUUGCACACUAAAUUGGGCUUUAAAAUAUUUGGAUGCUAAAAAACGCAAGGAUAAGCAGGCAGAGAUUGAAUGCUACCACAGGCAUUUGAAGGAAGAAUGUAAUGUAGGUUUUGUAAGACUCUUUGAUUCAUUUUUAGAAUCCGCACCACAAAAAAUACUACAACUAGCUAUACUAUUGCGUUAUAUUAAGGUUCUAUCCUUUAUGCGUGCCUUGACAUUUUUAGUGUAUUUUACUAGCAUUGCGUGGUGCUUGUUGGCCUAUAAUCGCUCAAAUCGUUUGGUGCAAUUAGACAAAUAUAAUAUAAGCACCAAGGGACUGAUUGUGCAAUUUUGGUUUCUACUCUGUCUAACUGCUGCGCGCACAACACUUAUUGCAUUUAUUACAAGUAAAAUGCCAUGUGAAACAUUUGCAUCCUGUUUAGUGCAUAUAUUUUUAUGCGGUACUCUUGUUUAUAUAGUAGAUAAACCAAAAUUGGCCAAAUCUUAUUUUUUGAAUUAUUUACUAUGUUUGACUUUUGGCGUAGUAUAUUUGUUUAUUUUCACACCUGUAAAAGAUGCGCCAACAAAAUAUAAAUAUAUAGUUUAUUUUACAUUCUGUAUGCUACAAAAUAUUGUAAUUUGUGUGCUAUAUAUACCAAUUUAUAUAGCUAUAGGGAUAAAUAUGUUGUAUGUGCUGGGCAUAGUGCUAAUGAUAUAUUAUUAUAUGUACUGUCAUCCGGGCAUUAUAUCUGCUGUAUAUUAA